GGAGCCAGUAUGUGUUGUGUGCAGAAAUAGACAUUUUAAACUUUCAACGCUGAAUUUAUUAGAUCACAAGUAUUAGUGAGUUGGUCUGUCUGUCUGAUUAUUCCUAAUAUGGCUGGAUCUGCAAAGGCAUUGUCUCAAGGGAGUGCUGCUCCAGGCCCUGUGCCAGAAGGGGUCAUACGUCUCUACAGUAUGAGGUUCUGCCCAUUUGCACAGCGCACAAGGCUGGUUCUGGAAGCUAAAGGAAUCAAGUAUGAAACCAUCAACAUCAAUCUGAAAAACAAACCUGAUUGGUUUUUGAAAAAGAAUCCCUUUGGCUUGAUACCAGUAAUAGAGAUGCCCAGUGACAAAAUAAUUUAUGAGUCUCCCAUCACUUGUGACUACUUAGAUGAAGUUUACCCUGAAAAACGUCUCACUCCAGCAGACCCAUACGAGAAAGCCAAAGAGAAGAUGAUGUUGGAGCAUUUCUCUAAGGUAACAGCACUCCUUUACAAGAUUGGGAUUGCAGUCAGAGCAGGAGAGAGCACUUCAUCUCUGGAAGGAGAACUUCUUGAGAAGCUUGGGAUGUUCGAAGAGAUUCUAGCAAGUAAGAAGAGUCUGUUCUUUGGUGGAAACUCUGCCUCUAUGAUUGACUAUAUGGUGUGGCCUUGGUUUGAACGAUUUGAAGUCUUUUCCGUAACACACUUGUUGGACCACACCCCAAAUCUGAAGCGCUGGAAAGAUGCUAUGAUGAAGGAUGCUGCUGUGAAGGCAACAAUAACUGAUCCAGAAACAUGCAAAACAUUUGCUAAGCUCUACUAUGCUGGCAACCCUGAUGCUUGUGAUUAUGGACUAUAAAACCAUGCAUUACAUCUGUUUGUAGAUUAAAAUCAGUUACUUUUCGAGGUGACUUGUUUAAUUACACUAAGCAUAUGUUUCUUAAGCAGUAAAAUGUCAUUAAAUAGCAAA